AUGGUUAAUUACAGCAGGGAAUCCCUUGCCGCCUCAGCCUUGUGGGACAUAUGGGAGAAGAAAAUCCCGCUGACAGGCCCUACGCAUGAUUUUCACGUCUGGGCAUUGCUGGAUUUCCUGCCAACUGAGCGUGUCCAAGAAAGCAUCACAUCAAGCACCGGGAUACACUCUUGUUCGCUUCAGCUGAAGCGGCGAUCUUACAUCGACAAUUUCAAAACCACCCGAUUGAUAACUUUGGUGUCGCCUGUGCCAGGGGGUGCACGACUGAUCGCAGGCUACGUUUCUAGCAAGGAUAGCGAAAUAUGCAAAGACAACCACGCAGAGAACAUGCUGAGAGAGGAAAAGGGGGCCGUUGUGCAACGGAAUAUCCCCACGGCAGACGAAAGAUUCGACCCAAGAGACUUUGGGCAAAACCUCGACUUCCGGAUGCCCAAAGCAGACGAAAAUUUUGAAACAGCUGGCUUUGAGCAGCAUGCUGCAAUGCAGCAUUAA